AUGAACAGUCAAGCACCUGAUCUAGCUUCCAUUCUGAAGACUUUGGCAGACUUAACUCCGCAACAUCAGCAGGAGCUGCAAUCUGACAAGACAAUCACGAGAACUUCGCAACCUGAAAAUGUGGUUCCCAUAGGACACGUUGCACCGCCGUUCGAUUUCUAUCACAAACCAGCUCCAACACUACAGUCAUUUCUUCCUCCGGUUGGACAGAGCGGCCCAUCUCGGAAUGUCUCCAUCGAGAGUUCACAGAAAAAGGUCGUUGACCCCACUACUAUACUGGAAUGGUCUGCUGGCCUUCGAUGUGCCAUGAAAACAGUUGCCAAACAUGAAAAUGUUAUACAUGAAAUAAGACGAUUAAUUAAACUUCAGCAUGAGCAUGAGGAACAGUGGUGGAACGGACGCAAUGCACUUAUUGAGAAGUUAAAGGCCCGGGAAGAAGGGCAGAAGAAACUAGACGAAGUACUGAAGGCAGUAGGAGGCGCAUCUAUCUCCGGGAAUGUUGUAGUUGACAUCACUGGAGAGCUACAUACUUUUGAUCUCAAAGUUUACAAGGCGCAGAUUCAAAUGGUUCGAGAAAUGAACACCAAACUAAGAGGACUUGGCGUUCCUUUCUUCGGUACGAAGACGGAACUAGUUAGACCUGCCAACAAAAAAAGUGAUCAACCCCUAGACGGAAAAGAAAUGAUAAAUGAAGUUGAUCUAGUGAAGCUACAAAGAAGAAUGUUGGAGAUGCUAGAGGAUCUUUGUGACGAUUAG